AUGGAGCGAAAAGACAAGACUCGUUUCGACACUGCAGCCGACCUUUCCGAAGUAGUGCGAUAUGACAUAGUAAGCCAGAUAUUUAUAAGCUUGAAAGAACCCUCAUGUCCCUCGCCCAAGUCAGGUUUCGCGCAUCUAGUACGCUAUCUAGUACGCUAUCUAGUAGGUCUUCUCAUAGUCUAAAUAGUACAGACACUAUUCUCGCCCAUCAUCCCCAAAUUACCCACUCCUCCUCACAAGCGCCCAACCGACACAGACAAGAAAAUAGCUAGAGGGACCGCCAGAUUGUUGAAGCUCGAAAGGAGUAGAACAAGUUUCAACAAGCAGCGCAUAGGGCGAGACCUCGCUUCAAGACAUGAUCUAUUUGAUAUUAAGUACUCUGUCCCUAAAGUGAUUGUCCUGCUAGACUUCACCCGUUUUGCAUUCAAGAACCGAGGUUAG